UUGCACGUGUAACUUUCAAUUUCCUUCUCAUUCUUGACAGUUUUGAGCGAAGUUAAAAGUAACAAUUAUCCUGGUAAAAUGUCUAUAAUUAUAACAAUAGUUCUUCUUAUGGUCAGCGUGGAAAUGGGCAGCAGUUUAUACGACGGAUGUACUUCCAAACUUUACCCUACUAAUUGCCCGUUGCAAUUCGGAAAUGUCGGACGUAAAAGAUGCAUUAAGAUGAAAACUGCAGACUUCGGUUCGGCUUUCACAAGGCUGGAAGGAGACAGGUAUUGCAAAGAAACAUACGGCAAUGGUGCUCAUCUGGCUGAUAUUCACGGUAAACAAGAAUUUCUUGAUACCAGAUGUUACAUGAUCCAAACAAGCACAGUUGCCAACGCAAGAGACCCCAAAGUACUUUUGGGGAUGACCUAUAAUAAAAAGACCAAAACAACAUACGACUAUGAUGGAACCGAGCAAUCAGAUUCCUACUGGGGCAAAGAGCCAUCAGAGCUCACGUUGGGAGAUAACAUGAUUAUAAGAGCUCAUGAAACUGUGAAAAGAAGUUUUCUGUCGAAUUUCGGAUACAAGGAAACAAGAUAUGAACGUAUUCUCUGUUCAUGGCCAGUCAAGAAAUAGAUAUAUUCUACUACUAAAAGAAGAAACCCCAGUCUACAAGUUUUUGCGAAUUUUUUAUACGAAAAAAAAACUCCUCUUAAAUUAAUAUUUAAAUUGUGGUCAAUUAAAAAUACUUCCUUAAAAUUGGUUAGUCGUUUUGACGCCGCCCUUUUCGAUAAGCACAUUGCGUUCUUGAUAUUUGCGCAUAUUGCUCUUUUGAUUAGAAAACUGUAUGCACGAUAAAAUACCAGAUAUAUAAAAUACAAAGUAAUUGGAGACUAUACUUUAGUGUUACCUCCGUAUGACAAUUUCUCAGAAUAAAAACGACUGGGUGUAGGACCAUUGGACUCGGAAUUACGUUCAUGAAUUUUGACGUAUACAUUUUGCGUUUUUAAUUUUUCUGCUGAUAAAAACCCAAUAAAAAAUACGAAAAAUGAA